GAGAUCUAUGGAAUAUGAAUAAGUGUUUUCUACCAAAAUGCGUGAAUCUGAUUAAUGGAUAUGAGCGUUGCAUAGCCUAAGAGAGUCCCAACUGAAUCCGAGGUGGAUUAAACUUACAAAUGUAUGAUAUGAGGAGCAUAUUAUGUUUACGAAAUACAACGGCAAAAUUGACGAAAAGUUCGACAGUAAUCAUUUCACAUUUCCGCUUCAAAGGAGGAGAUUCUUUAGCAUCGAAAGGGUCCGGACCACCUCAGGGAACUAAAUCAACGCCUCCAGUUCCUCCUGGUAUGCCACCGCCUCAAACUAAAAAGACUUUUGGUCCUCUCUCAGAUCAAGAUAGAAUUUUUACAAAUCUUUAUGGUCGACAUGAUUGGCGAUUGAAAAGUGCACUGAGACAAGGAGAUUGGUAUAAGACUCAUGACAUAUUAUUGAAGGGAUCAGAAUGGAUAAUAAAUGAAAUAAAAGCAUCUGGUUUGAGAGGUCGGGGUGGCGCAGGCUUUGCCACUGGUCUGAAAUGGUCUUUCAUGAAUAAACCACCUGAUGGUCGGCCAAAGUUUCUUGUAGUUAACGCAGACGAGGGCGAGCCAGGCACUUGUAAAGAUCGUGAGAUUCUACGCCAUAGUCCUCACAAACUCGUGGAGGGCUGUCUUUUGGCAGGGCGGGCAAUUGGUGCCCGAGCAGCUUUCAUUUAUAUACGCGGCGAAUUCUAUAAUGAAUCAUGUAAUACGCAAACAGCCAUUGCUGAGGCUUAUAAUGCCGGUUUUUUGGGUAAAAACGUCUGUGGAGCCGGAUUCGACUUUGACGUUUAUAUGCAUCGCGGAGCCGGUGCAUAUGUAUGUGGUGAGGAAACAGCCUUGAUUGAGUCUUUGGAAGGGAAAGCCGGUAAACCACGCUUAAAGCCUCCAUUCCCUGCCGAUGUGGGUGUAUUUGGCUGUCCUACAACUGUUAAUAACGUAGAAACUAUAUCCGUUACGCCUACCAUUUUACGAAGAGGUGCCAAUUGGUUUGCUAGCUUUGGUCGAACUCGCAACUCUGGUACGAAACUUUUUACUAUUUCUGGCCAUGUUAAUAAGCCUUGUAGUAUCGAAGAAGAGUUAUCAAUGCCACUUAUGGAGAUCAUUGAUCGUCAUGCUGGUGGUGUGCGCGGCGGAUGGGAUAAUUUGUUAGCUAUUAUUCCGGGAGGUUCUUCUACCCCAAUUAUACCAAAGAAAGUAGUAGAAACCGUUAUAAUGGAUUUUGAUGGUCUUUUAGCUGCGCAAACAUCUUUAGGGACAGCGGCUAUUAUUGUAAUGGAUAAAUCGACUGAUGUCGUAAAAGCAAUUGCUCGACUCUCUGCAUUUUACAAGCAUGAGAGCUGCGGACAGUGCACUCCUUGCCGGGAAGGUUUGGCUUGGAUAAACAAAAUCAUGCAACGCUUUGUUAUGGGCAAAGCUAAAAUGGAGGAAAUUAAUAUGAUAUUGGAGGUAACCAAGCAAAUUGAAGGACACACCAUAUGCGCUUUAGCCGAUGGAGCCGUUUGGCCUGUACAGGGUCUAAUGCGUCAUUUUAGGUCAGAUGUUGAAGCUCGAAUAAAACAGUUUGAACAGAUAACAAAAAAGAAGCAUUUCUCUGAAAGAUGUACUCUAUGAUGAUUUUUUG